GCGCUUAUUUCUGCCUACACCAAAGUCCCCUCUCUGCUUCCAAGUCUCCGCCAGUGCAUGAAGAAGAUGCUAGAGCUCCACGAUCCGCUUGUCAGUAGUCCUUCGAGGCCGAGAGCCUCAAAGGCGAAAUAGGCCGGGGGGCAAAUGCGCUCGGAGGCCAUUGUCAUUGACAGCCCGCCCCCCUUUCCUCGCGUUCCGCCUUAUGCCUGGGCGGUCUGAGACAGACGGGACAUCGUUGAUCGAGGAAUGGCUUUCAACAUGGCACAAGCACUGGCGAUGGCACAGGCAGCAUGAGCCAGGACAUCUGCCCCUCAAACCACGUCUUCUCUCCGACCUCCAUCCCAUGUUCUCCCAGUUCCAGCCCGGACCAACUCAGUGCGCGCCAGGCUCGGGUUGGUUGUGACGGGAGUGUGUGGUGGUGGUGGACUUAUUCCAUUCCCGUUUGUGUCUCUUGCUCCUUCCUCUACCGUGAAAGGAAUGCAACGCAGACACAGCCAACAAUGGGGUCCGUCGGUCCUGGGGGCGGCAAGGUUUCCUAACGUCCCAAAGGACACAUUUCCACGUUUUGCCGU